GGAGUUGUGUUCCCACCCACUGACACCCAGGCUCGAAUAAUACCACUGCACCGAGUGUGCACACUCUUACUUGACAGUCAAUCUUCGCUCAUUUCAGUUGAGGCAGUGGUUUCAAUACUGAAACUUAUGUUCUUGUUGAGAAGUUGAUGUUGCUGUAAAAUUCAUGUCACCUCGAUAAUUCAGUUCUGAGUGAUAACAGUCGAUUCUUUUAGUUUUUUACUCGUUUUUACCCGGGGGCGUGUAUUAACAUUUGUGUUAAUUAAUAAAAAUCAAAGUGGUGAAUUUCAGGGAUUUUUUUUUGUCAACUGUAUUCCAUGAGUCCUCCACUAAAGAAACAAGCUGCAUCACGAUGUUACCUCGAUAAUACACCACCAUGGAUUAACCAGGAGGAUCUCAAAGAUAUCUGUUCCACCUACGAUGAGGUCACUAAAAAUGAACACGAGGGUCCCGUUGAUUUUGAACGCGCUAUCAGUUUAACUGGAUAUGGAAAAUUCAAUUAUCUGCUGUUGCUGGCUAUUCUGCCAGCUGGAUGGGCCAGUAUCUAUGGAUCCACGUCAAUGUCCUAUGUUCUACCGUCGGCUGAGUGCGAUCUCAGUCUCACCAUGUUUGAUAAGGGAUUACUCAAUUCCAUGCCAUUUGCAGGCAUGAUUGUAACUGCCUUCUUCUGGGGCUUUCUGACUGACACAUACGGACGUAAGAAGGUAUUAACAUAUGGGUACCUUACGACUUCGAUAUUCAGCUUUGCUAGCUGCAUGUCCCAUGCCUCCUGGCUACUCAUUUUAUUCAAAUUCAUCAAUGGCAUAUUGAUAUCCGGCCCUUACACAGCACUGAUGUCAUACCUCGCUGAGGUACAUGGCGAGCAACAAAGGUCGAGGAUCUACAUGUGGCUGGGGGUGUUUUUCUCACUGGGUCACAUAUCGAUACCAUGCUUAGCAUGGAUAAUUAUUCCGCAAGAAUUUCGCCUACCGAUGUUCAACGGUUCAAUGGAUUUCACCUCCUGGCGUCUCUUCCUGGCCAUCUGCGCCCUCCCCGAAUUCACCGCCUUCGUCGUGCUGUCCUUGUUCCCCGAGUCACCUCGAUUUCUCCUAUCAAAGGGUCGAGACGACGAAGCACUCGAGGUCUUUCGUCAUAUCUACUCCCUCAAUACAGGAAAAAAUCCCGACACUUACGCGGUGAAAUGUGUGACUGAUGAGAGUUACGUUAAGACCCAUGGGACGAGUCUUCUCAACAAGUUUCAGGGGGGAUGGUUGCACAUGAAGCCACUGUUUACCUCACCCUAUUGCUACAGGUUGAUACUCAUUGGGAUGAUACAGUUUGGCGCUACCAUUGGGUCAAAUACUCUGAGGCUCUGGAUGCCUCAGUUAUUCGCCAUGAUCGAGACCUACGAAGCUAGUCAUCCAGUUGGAAGUGACGAACAGUUUCCAUCGAUCUGCGUUAUGCUCGAACUUACCAACACAACUGUUGACACUAUUAAUAAACAUAAUUUAAUUAAUAACACUAUUGAGGUGGAAAAAAUUUGUACACCGGUUAUUCUGAACUCUACUGUGUACCUGAAUUCAAUAGUCAUCGCCGUGACAGGAGUCGUUGGAUAUGCUCUGGCUGGAUCAUUGAUCAAUUGCGCGGGGAAGAAGAAAUUAAUGAUGUUUUGCUUUCUCUCUGCCGCCCUGUGCUGUGGAAUUCUGUAUUGGGCUGAGAAUUCCAGUGGAAUUUUGGGUAUUUCGUCAGUAUUCGUGGCGUUAUCUAGUAUUGGUGGAGCCGCUGUUACGAAUGUUAUUGUUGAUAAUUUCCCUACUACGUUAAGGGCUAUGGCUAUUGCAAUGAUGAUGAUGAUGGGGAGAAUAGGCGCCGUUAUUGGGAAUUUACUUUUCCCAUUACUCUUCAAAUUGAGCUGUUUAGGACCUUUCUUCAUGAUUGGAAUGGCCUGUUUAGUUUGCGCGAUGCUCGUGUUCUUCAUACCCGCCAAAAAAUCGGACUUCAAGGAGUCGAUAGAGUCCGCCUAAACUAGAAUAAGAAAUAUACAAUUCUCAUUAGUUAGAAUAACAAAUCAACAACACAAAACUUCUCGAAAGUGAAUUGUAAAUAACUGUGCUUUAAUUUUUAAGUGUGAGUCUAGGAAUUUGAUAUUUUUGGAUCUCUAAACAUUAGAACUAAUGUAUUUAUAACUUAUUUCGUACAUUAAUGUGAGGAAAGUAUUUUAUGAUUUAUGAAAGUGUGUAUGGCUUUUGUUGAUAAUUCUUUCUUACAAAAUAAAUAAGUGUACC